CUCUGCGACUGCUCUCUGAGUGCUGCGGUUGAGGUGACGAUUUAAUCUCUGAUACCUCAUUAAGAGGGACUUGCCUGUGCGGUUUGCACACAGACCGUGAGCGCAUCUGCACGCCUUAAUGUGUGCAGGAGAAACGCUUGCACACUCCAUGAAAAAUCCUGCAGGGGUGGAGAGAAGGAAGACAUAGGACAAGGAAAGGAAAGCUGGAUUUGUUUUAGUAGGUAUAGGAGCUAUAGGGAAACGCACGUUAUGGCCACUGCAGGAAUUCUUUGCGACGGCUGCAUGGUGUGAAAAUAGAGCAGCAGUGAAAGAGGAGGAUACAAGAAGAGAAAGAAGGAUCUACAAUGGCAGCAGAAGAGAAGCCUGUUGUGAAGAGCAGCAGCUCCAUUGUACCAUGUUUCCUGUUUGUGGAGCUCGUGAUCAUGGCUGGCACUGUUCUCCUGGCGUACUACUUCGAAUACACGGACACGUUUCCCGUACACAUUCAGGGCUUCUUCUGCUUCGAUAAGGCAUUCUCCAAACCCUAUCCCGGACCGGAUGAGACCAGUAAUGUGCCACCGGUGCUGGUGUACUGUCUGGUAGCUGCCGUUCCUACUCUAACGAUUUUGGCUGGUGAACUGAUGGCAUUUUUCAUGAGGUCAGAGGGCACGCAGGAGAAGAUCAUAGUCACUGCAGACUGCUGCUACUUCAACCCACUUUUGAGACGCAUCAUACGAUUCCUAGGUGUCUAUACCUUUGGCCUGUUCACCACCACCAUCUUUGCCAAUGCUGGACAGGUGGUAACAGGGAAUCAAACGCCUCACUUCCUGUCAGCAUGUAGACCGAACUACACAGCGCUGGGCUGCCAUUCCAACUUACAAUACAUCACUGAGCGCAAAGCCUGCACUGGAAACCCACUGAUAGUCGCGUCUGCACGCAAAUCUUUUCCCUCUAAAGAUGCGGCCCUCAGUGUUUAUUCUGCAGUUUAUACUGUGAUGUACGUAACAUUGGUGUUUAGGACUAAAGGGACACGUUUGACCAAACCAACACUCAGUCUGACUCUGCUGUGUCUGGCCAUGCUGGUGGGUGUGGUCAGAGUGGCAGAAUAUCGCAAUCACUGGGCGGACGUCCUCGCUGGAUACUUCACCGGCGGAGCCAUUGCUGUCUUUCUGGUGACGUGUGUCAUUAACAACUUCCAGCAGACAAAGCCCUCUCCCUUGCCAGCGCGACCCCAGCGUCCUGAGUCUGUUCUGGGCAUGCCCAUGGUGGUGCUGCCCUGUGUAGAGAGUCCACUUGAAAAGUUAAGUGGCACUCAGACUCCAAGGGGAUCUUCAUUCACUGAGAUCACAUGACCAUCAGCCUCAUCGGUUCCCCGUCCCCCCCGAUGUCCUCAUACCGUCUCGCUCCAUGUCCAGCGAAGUCUAGACCAGCAGUCCCAGCACAUGCACCACUGUGCCGCCCACCCUACAGGACGCACCACCUCUGCCACUCUGCUCCGUUCCUACUCUACACAGGUCUAGAUUUCAUCCCGUCCAUCCUCCAUAUUCCUCCAUGCUGCCAAUAGGGCCUCCACAAACCGCUCAAACAAACCAAUGGCACCUUUAGAGAGCCUGGUUGAAGAUCUCAAACAUCUGAGAGAAUGAAUGAAAACCACAGGUAGGCAUUUUAACGUUGCUUGUUAAGAGUUUGUUUGACCAGCGAGUGGAGAAUUUGCACCUGUACGGACGUGUGGACCUCUCAAAACCAGCCCAUCCUACUUUUUCUGGGGAACCGAUGAAGUCUUGAACAGCUUGUUGCUGAAAAGCAGAACUCCCAAGAGGCUGCAAUUUAUUGUAUAUCAGUUCAGAUGUAAAUACGUGUACAUUUUCUUUUUCUUUUUUUAAAUGGCAUGUUUAUUUUGAUUGUGUUUACAGCACUUCUGGUCAUCACACAUUUUGGAUUUUAAAAAUCAUGACAGUAAAUCUGUUUGUAAAUGGAAUAUCUGUUGGUUUGUCUCAGUUUGCCUAUGCACUUAAGAGGACAGUCUUAUACUGCACAACAUAUUGACAUCAGGAUUUUCCUUCUGUAAGUGCACAUCGAGAAUAUUUGUAGGAAAAGACCUCACAAGUUGGAGAAGAUCUUGAUUCCAGCUCUCAAAAUGAUGUUUGUGUCUGAACGCCAUAGAAUGGAAGGAAAAUUAAUGCUUAGAGACAAAUGGAAGACACGCAAAAACUCAUGAACAAACACCACAGCAUUCUUUUUAAUAUUUAAUGUGCGUCUUGUGCUCUUUUGUUUUCUCGAGGAUUUCUGCACCAGCCAGAUGUAAUGCAGAGUGAUAUAAGAGCUGUCAGUCAAGGUGGCCCAUUUGAUUAAUGUUGCACCAAAACAUUCUUACAAUCUGUAAUCAUAGGUGGAUUGGACUCCUGAUUUCUCAGCCACCAUUAACCAGAUAGUAACAUCUGUAUUGUUGUCAGUGUUCACAGUGAUAAAUGAGAGGGUCCAAAAAUGCAGUUUUUUUUCUUGUAUAGUGAAUACCUUUUUCACAGUAUGACCACGUGUUACCAAGUGUGUACGGAACUUUAGGUGUCAUUUUAUAUUUAUGAUGUAGUUAUGAUGUUACCUUGCAAUGGUUUCAUUCCUGCUGUUUGCAAAUAGCACAGAAUACCUUGCAAUACUGUGAAAUUUUAACACCGAUGAGAGGCACGGAUUCCUCAUUGCUUUUUUCUGAUUUUUGAGUUAAACCGAGUUUAAAUUCAUUUAAAAAACCUCAUGAAAUCAAAGUUUUGUGACUUUUAGUCCAUGUCUGUUAGCAUUGAGGACAUCUACUGUUUAUGCUAGUGUACUCCUAAAAGUUGAUAAAAUCAGCUCUGUAGGUCCUUACAAUGCAAGUGAAUGUGUCCCAAAAAUGUUAAGUUCUAAAAGGACAUAAAUGCAGCAUAAAAGUAAUCCAUAAGACUCCAUUGGUUUAAUCCAUAUCUUCAGAAGCGAUAUAAUAGUUGUGGGUGAGAAACAGAUCAAUAUUUAAGUCCUUUUUUACUAUCAAUCUCCACUUUCACAUUCUUCUUCUUUUGUUUUUGGUGAUUCGCAGUCUUAGUACAUAUCGCCACCUACUGGACACAGAGGGAAAUUUAUGGUAAUAAUAACAAGAAGGAAAUCAUGGUUCAUUGCUGUGCUGUUAACUAUUGGCUAUUUAAGGGACAUGAAAAACCACCAUCAUUGAAAACCUGGAAAUAUCAGGGAAUUUUAAUAUAGGAAUUUUCUUUUUUUCCAGGCCUGGAAAUGUCAUAGUAAUUAGUCAAAUCUUAAAAAGUCAUGGAAAUAUCUUUAGUGAAUAUACAUAUAUUUUCUAGUUAUUCUCAGCUUUAAAAUAUUUAACUGGCUAGUAAUUGCUGGUCAUGAGUGCGAUCUCUAUUAAAUGAUUUUUAGUGUCUAGUUUAUCUGGUUCUUAUCCAGUAAUGCAAACGACUGGAAAAAAACAAAAAAAAAAACAGGGCAGAAUAAUGGAAAUAUAAUGGAAAUGUAUUGGUAAAAAAGUGUGAGAAGCCUGUUCGAUAUGUCUGGCUAUAACUUGCGUUUUUUUAGAGGGAAUAAUUAAACAAAGGAAAGAACUGUGCUCGUCAAAGCCAUUUCUUGGGGUCUUUAAAAUUGCUCAAAAUACAUCAAAAUGAAAAUUACAUUAUGUACUCAGCAAAUGGCUAGGUGUCCCAUGCAGCUAAAAUAUUGUAAUGCUGGCAAAAGAAUCAUAUGCUCACGGCGGAUCCUCAACUGUAAUAUUUGAUUUUCACUAUUUAAAAGGCCAGUGUCAGUUUUUCUACAAAUAUCCACAGAUGAUAUUCUUGAGCUGUGUUCAUUGGCUGUAUUUACUGUACCAUAGGCUAAGUGAUGUGCUUUUUUCAUUAUUUUACUGAACACAGUUAAAUUGGCUAUUUCUGUCUUAUUUAUUUAUUUGAUUUAAAUCAUAUUCUUUAAAUGCUUUUGAAACAUAGUGAUUGCAUUUCAUUUUAGUUGUUUGGUAAGUAAGAUGUGUAAUUAAACUCUGUUUACUAAAUCAGAUGAGUGUAAACUUGCCAUCUAACUUGCACUCCGAGUGGAUAAAAAUGUAUGUUUGUAUCAUUAACUGUUUGAUCUGUCUGAUGCCCCCUAAUCUAUUGCAUCCUCCACCGGGUCUGACCUCUGCCACAUUCUGUGCAAUGUACAGUUACUCCCUCUGUUGUAAGAGCACCUUUUCCACAGGCUUAGAAACACUUUCACACCCUUCAAAUACCUUAAAGGGGAAGUGUGUCAUUUUUGUAGUGUCAAAAAAAAAAAAAAAAAAAGAUUCCAAAUUUUCAAACAGGUUUCCUGAACAUUCUCCACAUUUGCCGCUUGUUGGACAAACAGAUAGUCCCGCACCCAGGCUUAUGCCAUUGGUUGAGCCAAUGUUGCUGUGUCAGGCUGGUUGGUAUGCUCAUACAAACAGCAAUGUUUUGAUAGCAACACAAUGCCAGUGUUAUCAAUUGUUAACUUAAAGUGUAGUUGUCACUAUAUAUUAAGCUGCAAUAGAAGAAUAUAGUUUAACACUUCACCUUUAAAAAAAUGUACUUGUAUCCGUUACCUCACUUGUUACUUUUUUCAUUUGCCAAAAUUAAACAAAAAAAGAAAGAUAUUUGUACAGUUUUGCAAAUAUGUCUUUUGUAUUAAAAAUGAAAAAAAAAAAAAAAUGAAAAAAAGAAAAUUCACCUGUGCACCUGAUUCAUUUGUUACAUUGUUACUUUAGUGACCUUUAUUUAUAUACACCCAAUGAGUAACUGACUGAAUCUGUGUUUUUGGGUAAUUAAAUAAAGUAAAUGCGUGA